UCGGGGCGCCAUGGCGGCGCCCAGUCUGCGGGGUCGUCUGGCGCGGCUCGGAACCUCGCGCAAGCCGGUGCUGAAGCCCAACAAGCCUCUGAUUCUAGCUGACCGCGUCGGAGAACGGCGCCGGGAGCGGGGAGAGGCGACCUGCAUCACGGAGAUGUCGGUGAUGAUGGCUUGCUGGAAGCAGAAUGAAUUCCGCGACGACGCGUGCAGAAACGAGAUCCAGAACUUCUUCGAUUGUGCAUCGAAGGCCGAGGCUGCCCGAAAGAUGAGAUCAACCCAGGAUACUUCAGAGUCUGGGAAUUUACCCCCAAAGAAAAUGAAUGUGUUGUUACAGAGGUUUCCUAACAAGCCUCAUGUUUGCUGAAAACAAAGUUAUUUUGAGAAUGA